AUGCGUUUCGGGAAGACUCUUCGGAUUUCAGUGUACCCGCCUUGGAAGGGCAAAUACAUCGACUACACCAAGCUGAAGACGCUUCUGAGAGAGCAUGAUGUCACCGGAGAAGACGCCAGCGACUCGGAGGACAGCCAGUGGACAGAACAAGACGAAGAGGCAUUUGUGCAGGAACUGAUCAAUGUGCAGCUGGACAAAGUUAAUGCCUUCCAAUCUGAAACUUCCCAGCAGCUGCGAGAUCGCACGUCGGCGUGCGAAGCCAAGCUGCGGCCAUUAGCCCCGCCCUCAGAGCAAGAAGGUCCCGCCCUUGACGACCAGGAGAAGAGAACUAUUGCCUCAGAGGUCUUGCAAGAGCUGGAUAACAUCGCAAAGGAAGUUAGUGAACUCGAAAAAUACAGCCGAAUCAACUUCACCGGCUUCCUCAAGGCCGCAAAAAAGCACGACCGCAAGCGGGGAGCUCGAUACCGUGUGAGACCUCUGCUCCAAGUACGUCUCUCACAGCUACCUUUCAACUCGGAAGAUUAUUCGCCCCUGGUUCAUCGACUGUCGGUGAUGUACUCCUUUGUUCGGGAGGCCCUCAGUCGUGACAUCGUGCCGCCAAAGGACCCGGCCGAACGUGGCUUUGGUCGGGACGCCUAUUCCUCCUACAAGUUCUGGGUGCAUGCAGACAACGUUUUGGAAGUCAAGACCUACAUUCUCCGCCGUCUACCCGUCCUCAUCUAUAACCCCGGCACCUCGAAAGACCUGGACACGCUGACCGAGGAUCCGACCAUUAGCUCGCUCUACUUUGAUAAUCCCCACUUUGAUCUCUAUAAUCAAAAGGUUGACCGAGCUCCGGAGGCUGGGUCUCUGCGAUUGCGCUGGACGGGACAUCUCCAGGACAAACCGGCCAUAUUUUUGGAGAAGAAGGUUGUUACCGACGACGAUGGCAGCCGGGAGGUCAAGGUGCAAAUCAAAGAGAAGCACGUCAAAGAGUUUCUGGAUGGCGAAUACCGAUUCGACAAAAAGGUUCAUCGCAUGGAGGGCAUGGAUCAUGGUGAAUCGGGACAAGCAGAUGCCCUGAAGAGGGACGUGGACGAGCUGCAAUCUUUUAUCAAGGAUCACAAUCUGCAGCCUAUGCUCCGAGCCAAUUAUACACGAACAGCCUUCCAGAUCCCCGGCGAUGAUCGCAUUCGUAUUUCUCUCGAUACCAAUCUUGCCUUGAUCCGGGAAGAUGCGCUUGACCGUGAGCGUCCUUGUCGUGAUCCGAGCGAAUGGCAUCGCACGGAUCUUGAUGACGGUGCCGUGAGCUACCCUUUCAAUGCGGUCAGAACUGGCGAAAUUUCCCGCUUUCCCCACGCCUUACUCGAGAUCAAGCUUCGGGGAAAGGCUCACAAUGCCGAGUGGGUGAAUGACCUGAUGGCUUCUCACCUAGUUAAGGACGCGCCACGUUUUUCCAAAUUCGUCCAUGGCGUUGCCCAAUUAUUUGAAGACCACGUCAAUAGCUUCCCUUUUUGGCUGGGUGAAUUGGAUAAUGACAUCCGCCGUGAUCCUGAAACUGCAUUCCACGAAGAACAGGAACGUUUGGCCAAGCGAGCGGAAGAUGACAUGGCAGUCGGGAGCUUCAUGGGGACGACAAGCAGCCCUGGCGGUCGCCGCGGGUCGCCCUUGCGCCAGUAUUCUGAAAGCGGCUCUCCCUUGACGCUGCGAAGACCUUCAACAAUACGGAAACCUUCUGGGGUUGUCGAAUCUACGACACGACCCGUCCGUCCCUCGAUCCCUGGUCAUGAGCCCCAGCAGAAUGAGCCGGAACUCUCGACGGCUGCGGUGGAAGAACCCCCGCAACCGUCUCGUUUCGGAACUUUCUUGCAAUCAUUGGGAGUCACCCGUCCGCGCUGGGCCCAACGAGAUACCGUAGCCCUGCCUCCUGGGGUACGACACCCUGGCAUCUGGAUUAAGGAUUCGGGACCUGUUCGCGUGGAAAGUAAGGUGUGGCUCGCUAACCAACGAACAUUCAUCAAAUGGUUGCAUAUCAGCAUUCUCUUGUCCAGCUUGUCACUGGGGCUGUACAACGCUGCUGGCAAGCACAACCCGGUGGCCCAAGCAUUGGCUGUUGUCUACACCUUCUUUGCUAUCUUUGCUGCAGCCUGGGGCUGGUUCAUCUAUGAGAAACGGGCUCGGCUUAUCCACCAACGAAGCGGCAAGGACCUGGACAACAUGUUUGGUCCGAUCGUCGUCUGCAUCGGGUUGGCGAUCGCCCUCGUUCUGAACUUUGUUUUCAAGUACUCCUCGGUGCUGGAGAAGGGUGGAAACGAUGUGCCGCCGGUUGGGAAUCCUGUUCCCUCCAACGCUUCAUUUGUAGUCAAUCAUGACUCGGGGGCCUCAUUGAGGCUGGUCAAUCAGGCCUAG